GUCUGCUGAUGUUGUUGUUUAUUUCUGAAAUUGAAACAAUGUGAAAUUAAAAAUCAUGUCCAGUUUAUCAGAUUAUAAACAUAUAUUUCCCAUAGAUAGUAUUCAGAAAGUUUGUGAUCUAUUUGAAGAACAAUUGCGUAGUAAUAAAGAACCAGAUUUAGCAUUUUUUUCUAUCAUUGUAGGGGCAGUUGAAAAUAAUUUAACUAACGUUAAAAACAGUGAUAAAGAUGUUAAUUUGGCAUCAAAUAAAUUUGUAAAGAUGAAAUUUCCGUCCUUGGAAUGGGACGAAGUAAAAACUCUUUAUGAGCGAUUUGUAUCUUUAAUGCGUAGCGGAGUUGAUGCGAAGUUACUAAGUGGUGACUUAGCCACUCGUGAUUUGGUCAAAAGAGUAGCAGAUGUAAUAUGGAACUCGUUAACCCGAAGUUACUACAAGGACAGAGCCCAUCUUCAAUCAAUUUAUAGUUUUUUAACAGGAAAUAAACUGGAUUGCUUUGGAGUAGCUUUUGCUGUAACUGCAGGCUGCCAAGUCUUAGGCAAGAAUGAUGUUCAUCUUGCGUUAUCAGAAGAUCAUGCUUGGGUAGUCUUUGGAAAAGAUGGAUUAAAUACUGCUGAAGUAACUUGGCAUGGUAAAGGUAAUGAAGACAAAAGAGGUAGAUCAGUAGGAGAAGGGGUUCUUGCACGAUCAUGGUUAUAUGUAGCAGGCAAGCCAGUUGUAUGCAACAGGAUAAUGGAGCUCGCAGCAUUGGUUUCUUCCAUUAAUCCUACUUUAACACCUACAAUUGAUGUUCAUGAAGUAGCAUUAAUGCAGCAUAAAUUACUAUGGUUACUUUAUGAUAAAGGUCAUUUGGAUGCAUAUCCUAUGGGAUUGGGAAAUCUUGGAGACUUAGAUGAGUACAUGAAAAAUUCCAAUACUACAGAAAAACCAGAGAGUUCUACAAUUAAUGAUGAAAUUGGAGUUAUUAAAUCAAGUAAUUUCAGGCCAGAUUCAGCAUCAUUGUAUAUUCAAUCGAUUCGUUCUUCUAGAAUGCAUUAUGAAGAUCGUCAUGUCUACCCAUAUACAUUUCAAGGUGGUUAUUAUCAUAGGCACAAAAUGUACAAAGAAGCAUUUCAAGCCUGGGCAUGUGCUGGUGAUGUUAUUAGGCAUUAUAACUACUCUAGAGAUGAUGAAGAGAUUUAUAAAGAAUUUUCUGAGAUUGCAAAUGAGCUAAUACCUCAACUGAUGAAAGCUGAGAGCUCAGGACAUUCAGCUAGAUCUAUUUUGAAGGACCCAGAAUGUUUUGCAUCUCUUCUAAGGUUCUAUGAUGGAAUUUGUAAAUGGGAAGAAGGCAGUCAGACACCAAUACUGCAUAUUGGUUGGGCAAAACCACUGGUGAGCACAAUUUCUAAAUUUGAUGCAGAGGUUAGGGCACAAGUUAAUAUUAUAUGUAGUCCGAAUAAUGGUGAAGCCACUGAAACAUCGCAAAAGUCAGAUAAAACAGAUGAUAAUGAUGAGAAAAAUAAUGAUAGUUGGAAUAACAAUUCUGAAAAUACGGAAAUGACCGUAAGAGAACAGCUGACCGCCGCAGUUAAUAGUAGGCCGCGUGUGACGUUGUACAGUCACAAAAUGGCAGCACUUAAGCCAUUAUUAUUAGCUGAAAGACUAAACACGCAUGCACUGCAACUACAAUUGACAGCUCAAAGUCAGUUACAAAGGCCUCACCUACCAGCAAAGAGACGAGACGAUGAGGACCAAAAUCCAUCAGCCCCAACAGCAAGGGCAAAACGUGCUCGCCGAGAACGCUAAGUUAUUUUAAAAGAUACUUUAUGUAUAUAUAUAUGUCUUUAUUAUAGAAUUAGUUAUUCUAACAUAAUGUUAUAAUCUAUUUUCGAAUCUUUACUAGAAGCUUUGAAAUAUUUACUUUU